AUGGCGACCCGCCCGCCGUGCCUGUGGCUGUGCCUGGCCGGGCUGCUGAGCCUGCGGGCGGCGAACGCGCUGCCCCUGCGCCCCGACCCGCGGGACGAGGUGCUGGCGGCGGCCUUGCAGCGCCUGCGGGAAGUGUUCGACAUCGAGGAGCUGCCGCCCGACGUGCUGCCCCGCAAGAAGCCGCCCCAGUUCAUGGUGGAUCUCUUCAACAAGGUGGCGGACGCCAACGGGAUCACGCGCGCCCCGGGGCUGCUGCAGGGGGACGUGGUGCGCAGCUUCGAGGACCGAGUUCACGUGGACCACCACCACUUCUACUUCGACAUCAGCGCGAUGGAGAAGGGCGAGCAGAUGCUGAAAGCCGAGUUCAGAGUCUUCAAACUCAAGAGGACACGUCGGUCCAGAAGGUCCGAGGUGCAACACUUCUGCAAAGUGGAAGUGUUUGAGCUCUUGGAGAGUAAAAAUAAGCCACAGAAAAAACAUCUCAUUGCAUCAAGAUUAUUGUCACUCUACGGAGAAGGCUGGGAAGUCUUCAACGUCACACAGACAGUUUCCAAAUGGGUUGGAAAUAGCAGCUCCAACCAUGGCUUUUGGAUAACAACGACAUAUGUUUCCAAUAAUGGAGUGGAACACGACGUGGUUACAUUUGCCAAGAGCCAGGGUGCUUUUCAGGAGAGUAGAAACGCCCUCCUUAUCCUCUUCACGAACAGUAACAAACGGAGGUCUCACAGUUUUGUACCCUCUGCUGCAAGUCUGAACCCUGCCCAGAAUAAUGUAAUACUCCGUGUUUCUCAUGACACUGACGUCCUGGAAGGCAGCAGUGCCAGCAAGAGCAGGAGACCCCGCGCUGCCGCAGCCACAAGCCCCUUAGCAGCCUGUCACCGGAGGGAGCUCUAUGUAGACUUCCAUGCUAUUGGCUGGUCAGGAUGGAUUAUUCACCCGAGUGGAUACAAUGCAUUUUAUUGCAGAGGAUCCUGCAUCUUCCCUUUGGGGGAAAGUCUAAAUGCGACAAACCAUGCUACAGUUCAGUCCAUUGUUUAUACACUGAAACUGUCUCAAGAUGUCAGCAUGCCCUGCUGUGUGCCAGAUGAAUUGAAGUCCCUCAAUCUCCUCUACUUUGAUGACAAACAGAAUGUUGUCCUUAAAAAUUAUAAAGACAUGGUGGCAACAAGGUGUGGUUGUCAUUAG